AUGAACAGCGAGGUGUGUUCGCGGUUUUCUUUCCCCUCUCCGCAAGCGUCUGCAUCUUGCGCUGCUCUCUCUUCGUUCGAUAAGAAACUUCCUCCCAUCGCAGCCGAUAGUCCGGGGCUUGACCACGCGAGGCCGACGCUUGACACCCUUCGCUACCUGGGGGCUGGGGGUGUCUCUUCAGAGACAGGCCGCUUGGAGCCCGAGGCGGUCGGAAACCUUCCGCGGGCCUUUGCGAGGACUCGCCCGGGCCUCACCACCGGGACGACACUCUCGAGCGGCUCUUCCGCCUUCUCUGUCCCGCUCUACUCUGACCCAAGUUGCUUGCCCUUGCCCUUGAAAGGAAAGAGUUUCUCGCCUCUCGCAGCGAUGAACUCGACUGGCAACGCGAGCCCAAGCUCGCUGUUGCGGCGAGGGUCUGCAGACGACGCACUGGCGUACCCUCCGGGGACUUCAGCUUCAGCGCUGGGAGGCUCUUCUCGCUCUCCGAUGGAGGCCGGCUUCUGCCCUCCUGCUCCGGGACCCGCAGUCGGGACUGGCGUCGGUGGACUGCUGUAUUCCGCUACCGCUUCUCCGGAGUUUCUCUGCAGCUCGACGGCAGGCGGUCCUUGCCCCGCUGCGAGCGCUGGGUUCCUCAGCUCUCGCGUACUGGCGAACGGCGGACUCUCGCGCCUCUCUUCUCGUCCCUUCGACGCGAGCUGCGCGACGCUUCCGCGGCUCUCUGGCGCACCUACGGGCGACGGCGCGGGAGCGCUGCAUGCGCUGCACGCGCUGCAUGCGCCGGUGCUCGCGGAGAAGCGCGAGCCAGGCCCCGCUGAGUUUCUCGACGGAGACCGUGGCGGGGAGGAGCGCAUGCAUCCGCGAGCUGCGAGUGGCGAUACCGAGGAGGGUCAUGCGGCCCCGUUCGCCUCUGCAGAGGACUUCGAAACCAUGGUGGGAGAUUUGAGACGGACGUUCAUCGGGUGGCUGAAGAAGACCGAGAGCGACUUGCGGAAGGAGAAACGCGACCUCGUUCGCGCGAAAAAGGAAUUCGAAGAAGAACGCAAACAAGCCCGAGAAAAACUCCAACAAGAAAAAAAAAUCGAAUACGAGAAAAUCAAGGAAGAGCGACGAAAGGCGCAGGCUGAAAUGGCGACGCAAAUCAAACAGAUUCAGGUGGAACGCGAAGACGCGCGGCGAAAGUUGAAUGCAGAGAGAGGCCGAUUCGAAGAAGAAAAAGAGGCCCACCGGCGGAGGACGCUUCUCGAGAAGGAACGUUUCCGACAAGAAGCAGAGGCGUUGGACGCAGAGAAGCGCCGCAUUGUCGACGCGAACAUUGCGACCGAGACAGUGGUCGACCUGAAUGUAGGCGGAGUUGUUUUCGAGGCUUCGCGCCACACCUUUGUUCAGCAGCCAGGAUCCUUCUUGGAAACUUUGUUGUCGGGGAGACACCACGUUUCUCGCGACAAGCAGGGACGCAUUUUCCUCGACCGCGACUCUGAACUCUUCCGCAUCAUUCUCAACUUUCUACGCAAUCCGGCCAUGCCUCCUCAACCCAGAGAUUCGGCUGAGAGCGACGCCAUCACGCAGGAAGCGGAUUUCCUGGGGAUUCGAUUCUUCCCCUUCCCUCUCGUUUUCGCCGUGGGCGGCCACAACGGCGUGGAGCACCUUCGUUCCCUGGAAGUCCUCGACAUUGGGCAACAGUGCUGGCGCCCCUGCAAGGCCAUGCAGACUGAGAGGGCCUACUUCGGAAGUAGUGUGUUCCAGAAUCGCUUGUUCGUCUACGGCGGGCAGAACCUCGACUACAAGGCCUUGUGCGAGACAGAAGUUUUCGACGCUUUGCGAGACGUCUGGAUGACGGGGGCGGCGCUGAACGUCCCUCGGCGAAACACCUGCGGAACGUUCAUGGGCGCUCGACAUUUCGCCAUUGGUGGAUUCGAUGGAUCUGACAUUCUCUCGAGCGUCGAGUGCUACGACCCGCGGAUGAAAAACUGGAUGCAGGUUGCUCCUCUCACCACUCCGCGGUCGAGUGCAAUGUGCUGCGUUCGAGACGAUCACCUCUACGUUCUUGGAGGCACAAACGGAGAGCGCCUGCGCACUGUGGAGAUGUAUGACCAUCGCAUGAACAAGUGGGAGGUUUUACCUUCUGAAAUGAUUGAGGUGCGAAGCGCGGGAAGCGCUGCAUGCAGUUUCGGUCACAUUGUGGCCAUGGGCGGGAUCGACAACAGCAACGUGGUGCACAGUUCCGUGGAAGUUCUCGACCCUCAGACGCAGAGAUGGUCUUUCCUGACAAACAUGGCAACUCCACGAAUGGACUGUGCGGCGGUUGUUGUCUCCGAUUCCAUCUUGGUCACUGGCGGCCAAAGUGAAGACGUGUUGUCGAGCACGGCUUUCCUUCGUCAAGAAGUGAACGAAUGGCAAGAGGGGCCGCCGAUGAUUUCUCCGCGCUACGGCCACGGCAUUCUCUUGGCAAAUUUGUGA